AUGCCAUUCUCGCAUCAACUCGAUGGCGUAGCCAGUGCUGGCAAAUUUCAAUACGUGGCGAUGAUCGACAGAAUCAACCAUUUGAAGAUGGCAAAUGCCAACUUGGCCGAAAAAGUGAAAAGGCAAAAGGAGUUUCUUUACGCUGCAAAGGAAGAAAUCACCCACUUGAGCAAGUACAAGGCACAAGUGGAGCAUUUCAAGCUGGAAGUUGCAGACUUGAAGCAGCAGUUGCAAGAACGCGAGAGGUCACCGACAUUCGACCUCUCCCAUGCUCAAGCUCAGCUACAAAUAAUCAACGGUAGUACCAAGCAAGAUCAGCAAUUUUUGCAGCCAAAGAAGAUGCAGACGCCGACGCAUCAGCAUAACUUCGCGCUGAGUACCUUUAUAACCAACGUUCAACAGCAAUCUCUUGGUAAAAGUUUGCCCAGAGUAGCGUCAGCAAUCUGUUCGAAGAACCGAGACGCGGAGCCGAAGAGGUUUUCCUUUUUUGCAGAGUCGUCGACCAAAAUUGGUGAGCUUAAUGACAACCGGUCGGCGGUAUUAUCGAGAGGGCCAACAUCAACAAUAGCUAGCUCGAGAUCGAAUUUCCAGAAAGUCAACUUCAACAGGCUCGGAAAGACAGCCACCACUACCGCCACCAGCACCAGAUCCGGUACAAGUCAGUUGGCUUCGAGACUAACUGCUAAUACGAAAGUUGGCAUGGCUCUGAAUCAUAAAAAACUCAAAACGUUUGCUAAAUCGACAAACUCCAAGUCAAACAUGAUUGACAAGGGUCCAGUGCUGAACAAGAUUUUGCCGCAAAAAUACUCCGAUACAUCAUCCAACUAUUUUCAUCGCUGA